CCACUGCUAGGCUAGCUAGUAGUACAACGUCACAAAUCACAGGACAAUCAUUGAAAGUCAGCAUUAUGUUGUUUUAGCGUUAUCCAGGACAACACGUUUAUAUAACCUGCCUAAAUAGGUCUUUUUAACUUUGAGGUAAUGAUAAUGAACUGUUUAGUAUUCAGAGUCUGCAGGUCGACCCGUAGUUUGCGGGACGUAUUAAAACGCGUGCAUGUCAGAUUGCCACAGCAGAUAUUAGCCUUACAGACACAAAGCUCUCUUUUGCAAACGAAUCGAUGUCCUGGAUCCCAGUGGGUAGUUUGUCACACUCGAUCUCUUCAUGUCGGGGCUCAAUUCUGCAGUAAGGAUGAUAGACAGAAGAGUAAUGACCAUGUGUCAGUUUCCAGAAGUUCGUACACACCCCCAAGUCUAUCUGCAACACAGAAAGCCAAACAGGCAGGCAAAGACUUCACCUAUUUGAUUGUGGUGCUUAUUGGGCUCGGAGUUACAGGUGGAUUGCUCUAUUUGGUCUUUCAGGAGCUAUUUUCAUCAUCAAGUCCGAGCAAAGUCUACGGAAAAGCUUUUGAGAAGUGCAGGUCUCACCUAGAGGUAAUUGGAGCUUUCGGAGAGCCUGUGAAAGGCUUUGGAGAGACCAGUCGACGUGGAAGAAGACAACAAGUCAGACAUGUUGAGUACAUAAAGGAUGGGCUCAAACACAUGAGGCUGAAAUUUUACAUUGAGGGAUCCGAGCCGGGUUUACGGGGAACUGUUCAUUCAGAAUCAAAAGAGAAUCCAGAGACGGGAAAGUAUGAAUUCCGGUAUAUUUUUGUAGAAAUAGACACCUAUCCCAGGAGGACAAUCGUCAUUGAAGACAACAGAUAGGAUUCAUGUUAACAAGGUUACAUGCAUAUUGGAAAUUUCAAUGGCAGACAUUCAAACUAACAUAAAAAAAAAGAAUAAGUGUCACUACACAGAUUAAUCAAGUCUAGAUUUGUCAUGCUUGACUUUUGUUGGUUUAAAUAUAUCAACAUUGUAUAGACUAACCUGUGUAGAACCUGAAUUGUAUGUUUUUGAGUGUGUUUGGACCAUGGAGAUGGUUUGGACUGUUUUAUUAUAGAAUCUGUCGUUUAAAAUAAAGUUUGAGAAUAUAAUUAAUUUUUUGAAUAUUUUUUAUAUGGAAUACACAACAAUAAAUCAAUGAAAAUGG